AAUUUCUAAGCUAUAACAAAAAAAAAAAUGCUUAUUCUGGCUGCCCAUACUGAAAAUCCAGUCUAGAAACUGAUAUUUGGACUGUGUCAUUUCUGCCUGUUGUAGCAUCAGCAUUAAUAAAUAUUUCUCAAAUAUAUCCCAAGUGGCAGUUUUGCUGCUGAUGUACAAAGCAGAGUGGAAUUCAUACUGGCAGUGCAGGAUUAUCACUGAAAAAACUGAGCUGCUCAAUUCUGAUUUCUCUUAUGGAAUUAAACGGGGAAUGACAUAACUCAGUAGAGUUAUGCCUUCAUGCUAAAUUGUCAAGAAAAUUGUCAGCCUCUUCAUUCUAAAGAAUAUGCAAUGGAAAUAGAUAAAAGAACAAAACUUCUAACUUGCAUAGCUAAUAUACAAGUAUUUCAACAUACUUGGAGUAUAUGAAGUAUGAAUUUAAUAAUAAUAACAACAGCAGCAACAAUAAUAAUGGAAGGGCAUGUUGCUUUUCACCAAAUUAUUCAGUGGAUGGGUACCUAGAUGGUGAUGAUGAUGAUGAUGAUGAUGAUGAGGCAGGGCAACUAAACCAAAGACCAAAGUUCUUAGACUUGCCUAUGAAGUUGCUUUCAAAAUUAGUAUUAGAAACAGAGUCUUUGUUUGCAUGCCUUUCUUUAACUCCGUUCACAAAAAAGUCUAUUUUUCAAAAUCCCUCCUUUGAUGCCUGCCUUCAGUUUUUUUCUAAACUAAAUUUAUUUGGAACAAACAGAAAUCGCUUAAAAUACAGAUUCAUACAUGUAUUCAUUUCUGUCUUUGUAGAGAAAAUGACCUCUAUAAAAAAUCUGGCCAGGAUUGCAAUCAUUUUAUAUGCCAUAUGCUUUUUUACAAACUCUGAUGGAAGACCAAUGAUGAAAAGAUCAGUGAGUGAGAUGCAACUAAUGCAUAAUCUUGGAGAGCAUAGACACACCAUAGAGAGACAGGACUGGCUUCAGAUGAAACUGCAGGAUGUGCACAGUGCCCUUGAAGAUGCUAGGACCCAGAGACCUCGAAACAAGGAUGAGAUUGUGCUGGGUGAGAUAAGAAGUCGAAGGCUGCUUCCUGAGCAUUUGCGGGCAGCAAUGCAGAAGAAAUCCAUCGAUGUGGACAAAACUUACAUGGAUGUACUCUUUAAAACAAAGCCAUAAUGGAAAAAGUCAGAGCGUUAUAUCUGUCCAAGUAAGCACAUGUCUCUAUACGAUUGAUCAAGUAGGGCAUUUUAUUAUUAUUUAUUCAGACUGCAAUAAGGAUUAAAGGCACCAUUCAAGGUUGUAGCCCUGUUGACCUAGACAUUUCACAACCAAAUAGUAAAAUGUGUUUGCAAAUUCUGGGUAUCUUUUAUAUGGCUAAUGUAUCUUAGAAAUUUCUGGUAUAAAAAAGAAAAAGAAAUCCAAAACAGCAGGAAAGUUGCAGACAUUUAAGACCAGUUCUACUGCUUUUACAUGGACGGUAUUUGUAUGUAAUCACUAGGCCUACUCCUACUGUUAACUAACGCUGAAUAAAUGCAGUAGAACCUGUCUACAGAAUAGGGCGCUAUUUUGCCAAAGGUUAAAUUUUGCUUAACUUUGCACUAAUGAAAAUAUGUAAACUUAAAUCCACAAUUAUUUUUCGAAGACGGCCUAAAAUCAGAUUAACUUUAAUUACAUAGCAAAAGCUGAAUGUUAAGCAUUUAGGAUUAAAGAAUGCAAACAUAAAGUAGGAAGGUGAAGUUUGAGAUGAAAUUACAGUGGGAUAAAAUUAAAACAAAAUCUGUAUGAAAUAGGAGGAUGGAAUUUUGCAAAAUACUGAAAUGAAGGGAAGGUUUCAUUGCCUCCCCCUCUUCCAAAAGAUGAUAACCUAUAAUUAAUAGCAGAAACAGUGGGAGCAGAGAAAUUAGCAUGUGGUUAAGCAUGGCCCCUAACUAUAAAACUGGCAAAUUAUUGUAUAUCAGACAAUUACAAUUGAAACAAAAGUCUUGCAAUAUGUAUUUUUUGUCCCUCAUUUUCACUGUAAACUAUAUCUGAAUUUCUGUAUGUUGUACUCGGCCUCCUGUGUAAAUAUUUCUUUUUUGUGAGACCAGUGGCUCUCAUAAAUAAAAUGCAUUUUUAUAUGCUAUUUUUUUAGAAUUAGGAAUUCAGUUUGCCAAGUCCCCAAAAAUGAGAACCAGGAAUCAGCUUGGGAGAAGAACCAUUAGCUGGUAGGACUAUAACAGAAUCAGACAUAAACAGCAUAAAUAGGGGUGGAAAAAAUUCAAUUAUGAUAAUAAUUUUUAAAAGUAGCAAAUAAAAAAAUAUUUCAAAUGGUAUAUGCACAUCUUCUUAGGACCUUCAAUCAUUUCUGACUAACAAGAAUGUUUUCUCAGUAGGGAUGAUGGUGGUUACCUCCAAAUUUGCCAUUGCCAGAGCUCAAAUCUAGACGAAUUGCUGCUCUAAGCCAAACAGUUUGCAUGGAUGUUCCGGUACCAUUUUGUAUUUCUUUGUUUGAUGUCUAGCACACCUUGGGAAACCUAGUAAAAAAUCAUAAAUUAUUACAAAUAUAAAUGCAAUUUUCUGGAAGCUAGAAAGGUACUUGUAACUAGCAAUGUGUAGUUCAUAAUCUUGGCUAUACUUUUAGUAGUGUAGAGGCUCUGAUGCUGCAAGCAGAUGGUACAUCUGUGCACAUCAGUGCCCUCUCACACACAGGCAAAGGUUCCAUGCUACUUGUCUCUUUGUAGAAUCAAGGCCUUGAAGUGCACUUUCUAUUUAUUCUUUCAUCAGACAUCUGUGCUAACUUAAAUGAAAUUGCAUUUUUGUACUUAUGUCUCACUUAUGUAUUACCAAAUAAAGUGGACCAAAAGCUCUUGGACAUUAUUUUAAAGCAUAAUAACUGACUGAUGUGUAACUAUUCUGAUAUAAUUUAGCAUUUGGAGCAAGGUUAUUAAGCCAUCUUACUUUAUUAGAGCAAUAUAAAUACAAAAAUAAUGAUAAAAGCAAUUUUUACUUUUCCUUUGGUCUUUCCUGCACACAAAAAUAACAAAGAUUAUAGAGAAGGGGUUUACCUAGCACAAGUGUAUUUCUGUUCCUUACAAUACUGACACAUGUGCA